UCUUCGCCACAGCUCUUCCAACCCUCAGACUGACUCUCUCUAUCUUCCCUCUUUCGAUUUCCAGCCACGACAACCAGUGAUUUAAACUGUCUUUUUCGUUGCGCGGUGAAAGGUUGCGUUUAUCCGCACUUUUCCCAGCGGUGAAACGGGGAUUAAAAAAAUAGAGCAGUUAACGCGUAGAAAACAAGACUGAAAACCAAACAAAACUUGGAUCUGUUGCGUUUGUGUUCCGUAACCAAAGCGGAACAUACCUCAAUCCCUCUUGUGAUUAUUUCCUCUUUUCUCUGGACGAGAAUAGGCUGUUGGAUUGCGCUCGAGCAGAAGGGCUUCUUACUUCUGAGAGGCGUGAUAUACGAAGUUUAUACAUGUUUUAGCCUAAACGCGGAGGUCACAUUUACAAGUAGGAAAAGUGUCUAAUUCCAUCCUGCUGGUUGACUGGCACCAAUUCUAAACUUAGUUUCCAGAUGCAGAGUGAACAACCACGGUUUGCAAGCGAAGAAAGACAUUGCCUAUCCGUGCAAGCGUUUACUUAGAGACUCUUUUCGUCUUUCUUCAUUUGGUGUUUUGAGGAGAAGGCUUGUUUUUGAGGAGCAGGGAUUGUUUCUCGAUGCACUGAAUGAGGAGAAACGUCCCAUGUUCGGCUUUCACUCUUUCUGACAACCCUUCAGCCCCAAGUUUUUCUGUGGUGCAUCUCGAGUCUACAGAGCAUCCAUUUAAUGCCUUGCAGCAACGGUAACAUGUCCGACUUGGAUCAUUCCCUUCAGAAACACUUCCUCUGAUGCUCGUUCGCUCUCAAGACAGUUCUGAUCACAUCGCUGCAAACACACAGAAAGACCUGUUGAACUUGAACACUGUAACACCUAUCUGAAGCAUUCCUGUAUCACCCAGUCUUACGUUUACAAGUGGAUCAUCGGAAGUCUCACGUCCCAAGGCUUGACUGAAACUCGAGGAGUCAAAAUGGCAAACAACACUGCAGACCACCCGCCGGGGAACUCGGUCGCCGAGGUUGACCAUGAAGUGGACUUUGGCUGCACGACGAUGCAGCUCCGUGAGCUGAUGGAGCUCCGCAGUGGCGAGGCAGUCAGCAAGAUUGCAGAAUGCUACGGAGAUGUGCAAGGGAUCUGCCGCAGGCUCAAGACCUCACCUAUCGAGGGACUCUCUGGUAACCCUGCUGAUUUGGAAAAGCGUCACGCAGCGUUUGGUAAAAACUUCAUCCCCCCCAAGAAGCCCAAGACCUUUCUGCAAUUGGUAUGGGAGGCCCUGCAGGAUGUCACCCUCAUUAUUCUGGAGGUGGCAGCCAUUAUUUCUCUCGGCCUGUCCUUCUAUCACCCACAGGGGGAAGGCAACGACAGCUGUGGCCAAGCAUCUGGGGGUGUUGAGGAUGAGGGCGAGGCCCAGGCAGGCUGGAUCGAAGGUGCUGCCAUCUUGUUCUCAGUCAUUAUCGUGGUGCUGGUGACCGCCUUCAACGAUUGGAGUAAAGAAAAGCAGUUCCGUGGGCUGCAGAGCCGCAUUGAGCAGGAACAGAAGUUCACCGUCAUUCGCAAGGGUCAGGUUAUCCAGAUCCCAGUGGCUGAAAUCGUUGUGGGAGAUAUUGCACAAAUCAAAUACGGUGACCUUCUCCCAGCUGAUGGUAUCUUGAUCCAGGGUAACGACCUGAAGAUUGAUGAAAGCUCUCUGACUGGGGAGUCUGAUCAGGUCCGCAAAUCUCUGGAGAAGGACCCCAUGCUCCUUUCUGGAACUCAUGUGAUGGAGGGAUCUGGCCGAAUGUUGGUCUCUGCUGUUGGUCUGAAUUCUCAAACUGGAAUCAUUUUCACCCUCUUGGGCGCCGGCGGUGAGGAUGAGGAGAAGAAGGUGAAGAAAGGUAAAAAACAAGGACCCCCUGAAAAUCGCAACAAAGCUAAGACCCAGGAUGGCAUUGCUUUGGAGAUCCAACCACUGAAGAGCGAGGAAGGUGUGGAGUCAGAGGAGAAGGAGGAGAAAGAAGAAAAGGAGAAAAAGAAGGUCAACGUCACCAAGAAAGAAAAGUCGGUUCUUCAGAGCAAGCUGACCAGGCUAGCUGUUCAGAUUGGAAAAGCAGGUCUCAUCAUGUCUGCGAUGACCGUCAUCAUCCUCAUCCUGUACUUUGUCAUUCAAACGUUUGGCAUUGAGGGCCGUGAGUGGACAGCAGAGUGCACUCCAAUCUACAUUCAAUACUUUGUGAAGUUUUUAAUUAUUGGUGUGACCGUGCUUGUGGUAGCCGUGCCCGAGGGGCUGCCUCUAGCUGUCACUAUCUCUCUGGCUUAUUCCGUCAAGAAAAUGAUGAAAGACAACAACCUAGUGAGGCACCUGGAUGCCUGUGAGACCAUGGGUAAUGCCACAGCCAUCUGCUCUGACAAAACUGGAACGCUGACUAUGAAUCGCAUGACGGUGGUGCAGGCUUACAUCGGUGACACACACUAUAAAAGCAUUCCUGAACCAGAGGCCAUUAAUCCAGAGACUCUAGAGCUACUGGUGAACAGCAUCUCCAUAAACUCAGCCUACACUACCAAGAUCCUGCCUUCAGAGAAGGAGGGAGGUCUGCCAAGGCCUGUUGGUAAUAAGACAGAGUGUGCCCUUCUUGGUCUGGUGUUGGACCUGAAGAGAGACUAUCAGCCUAUUAGAGAUGAAGUUCCUGAGGAAAAUCUUUAUAAGGUUUACACGUUCAACUCCGCCCGAAAGAGCAUGAGUACCGUACUAAAGAACACCAGUGGUCCCGGCUUCCGAAUGUACAGCAAGGGCGCCUCUGAGAUUGUCCUGCGCAAGUGUUCCUAUAUCCUUGAUGCUUCAGGCCAGUCACGUGUCUUCAAGGCUAAAGAUCGGGAUGAGAUGGUGCGGAAAGUGAUCGAGCCAAUGGCCUGUGACGGGUUAAGGACCAUUUGCGUAGCCAUGAGGGACUUCACAACAGAGCCAGACUGGGACAGCGAGGCUGACAUUCUGAAUGACCUGACCUGCAUCUGUGUUGUGGGCAUUGAAGACCCUGUUCGUCCUGAGGUUCCUGAUGCUAUUUCUAAAUGUCAGCGAGCAGGCAUCACUGUCCGUAUGGUCACCGGAGACAACAUCAACACAGCCCGUGCCAUUGCCACCAAAUGUGGAAUCCUGCUGCCUGGAGAGGACUUUAUCUGCCUGGAGGGCAAAGACUUCAACCAGCAGAUUCGCAAUGACAGAGGAGAGGUUGAACAAGAGCGUCUGGACAAGGUCUGGCCCAAAUUGCGUGUUCUGGCUCGUUCCUCCCCAACAGACAAACACACUCUGGUUAAAGGCAUCAUUGAUAGCACCGUUGGAGAGACAAGACAGGUGGUGGCUGUGACUGGAGAUGGCACUAAUGAUGGGCCUGCCCUUAAAAAAGCAGAUGUUGGCUUUGCUAUGGGUAUUGCAGGUACAGAUGUUGCAAAGGAGGCCUCUGACAUCAUUCUUACUGAUGACAACUUCACCAGUAUUGUCAAAGCUGUGAUGUGGGGGCGUAAUGUCUACGACAGUAUCUCCAAGUUUCUGCAGUUUCAGUUGACUGUCAAUGUAGUGGCCGUGAUUGUUGCUUUCACUGGAGCAUGCAUCACACAGGACUCUCCACUUAAAGCUGUUCAGAUGUUGUGGGUAAAUCUGAUAAUGGACACACUGGCAUCUCUGGCUCUGGCAACAGAACCCCCAACAGAAGCGCUCCUGCUGAGGAGACCUUAUGGACGAGACAAACCACUCAUUUCCAGGACUAUGAUGAAGAACAUCUUGGGUCAUGCGGUUUACCAACUUAUUAUCACAUUUACUCUACUCUUUGCUGGUGAGAAGUUGUUCAAUAUUGAUAGUGGCCGCAAUGCUCCUCUGCACUCCCCGCCAUCUGAACACUACACCAUAAUCUUCAACGUCUUCGUAAUGAUGCAGCUUUUCAAUGAGAUUAAUGCCCGCAAGAUCCACGGAGAAAGGAACGUGUUUGAGGGAAUUUACAGGAACCCCAUUUUCUGCAGCGUUGUUCUGGGAACCUUUGCUCUGCAGAUAGUCAUCGUGCAGUUCGGAGGGAAGCCGUUCUCUUGCACGGCCCUCACUAUCGAUCAGUGGCUCUGGUGUAUCUUCGUAGGAGUUGGUGAGCUGCUCUGGGGCCAGUUCAUCUCUGCCAUCCCCACACACCACCUCAAGUUCCUGAAAGAGGCUGGCCAUGGCAUCCCCAAAGAGGACAUUGCCCAGGAGCAGCUAACCGAAGGUGCGGAUGCAAUUGACCUUGCUGAGAUGGAGAUGCGCAGGGGACAGAUCCUAUGGUUCAGAGGUCUCAACCGCAUCCAGACUCAGAUGGACGUGGUUUAUACAUUCCAGACGGGCCAAACGGCGGUGCCUGGGGCCCUGCGUCGCCAGCCCUCCGUGGUUAGCCAGCACAACGACAUUAAGGUGGUGAACGCAUUCCGUAGCUCCCUAUACGAGGGCCUAGAGAAGCCAGAAUCAAGAAGCUCCAUCCAUAACUUCAUGUCCCACCCUGAGUUUGUACCCCUCUCCGAGGAAGAAGCCCGCAUCCCCACGAUAGACGAGGGCUGUGUAGAGAUUGAUCAGCUCCCCUCCUCUUCCAGAAAAGGAGGUGGCGGUGAACCCCCGGGCCACUCUCUUCACAGCAAUGAAUUCUCCGUGUGAACCUCCCAUCGAGCCUCCUGCCCCAAUAUCAUUUUUUGUUUUUUUAUUUGUUCUGUUUUUAAAACCUGUGCACCACUCCUCCGGUGGAGCCCUGCUGAUGCACAUCUGAGAGACAGCAGCACCUACAGCGGCCGAUGGGGCAACCACAAUCCCUUUCUCCUCUCCUCCUUAAUCCCACCCUCCCCACCCCUCUGCCCCUCACGACUUGUACUGUGUUGGCAGCAGCAGCAGUGCUCUGUAAGUACAUGCGGCUGUGCUGCAGCCCAUGUGACGCAUGGCCUAACUUACACACUAGAGGGCGACGCUGCGGCAAACGCCCUCUUUCAGCCUGUCACUGGCAUUUUUCUCUCUUCUACAGUUCUCUCAUUUUUAUAUUGUCACAUCUCUGGUCUUGUGUAAUGCUGUAAUAAUUUUUGUUAUUUGUCCCAGGACUCUCAGUUACAUAGUACUUUUUUUUUUUUUUUACGAUACAGCCAAUUAUAAUCAUGCACUCAGUUGCUAUUUGAAUACAUUUCUAUCUCUUUUUUCUCUCUCUUAAUUUACUCUGUUUUAAGAUGGUUUGAAAAACAUGGCAGUGAAGCUACCCAUGUUUUAGUUUUUAAAAUAUUAUGCUCUAAUGGACGUUUUAAGUGGUUCAGACACUACAUUCAUGUUAUGUGUGCAGACGUUGUUAAUACGAUGCUUUUAGGCUCAUUUUGGGUGUUCUGUCACUUUAUAUGUACAGAUGUAAGGCUGCUAUAGUAAACAUUAGCAGAAUAAAAGCCUAUAAUAAACUUAAUGUAUAGCUGAGUUAAGAAUACCUGAUUGGCUCUUAAGGGGGCAGGGAGGGUCAUCCUACACAGCAUCUCAUUGAAAUCACACCCAAUGGGCAUCUCUAGUCUCUUGUUAAUGCUCAUUUGCCUCAAAACGAAUGCUCAACUAAUUGACCAAGUACUUAAUUGAAGGUACAGCACCUCAUCAUAGUGUGCAUGUAUCUGUCUUUAGGUUCAUCUGUGUCUGAUUGUAUGGGAAUGGGAAUUGUAUUACUAACCUUUAUGGGAUAUAACAACUAAUGAAUAGGAUUUUCUUUUUUCUUGUAUCCUCUUUAGAAGAAAAAAAAUGCAUUAGAGGUGAUUCUGUAUGUGUGUACUUUCAAAUCCAGUCUUUUUCUCACCUCAGCUCUGCAGUUAGGUGUUCUUCUUGUUAUCUACCAUCAGGCUGUGCUCCACAUAAGCUCCAAGUUACUCAGACAUCACUGGUAGAGCUCCAAAAUCCCAUCCCUGAACUUAGCCUGUGAGAGUAAGGAUACUGCACGUAGUAAGCAUGCUUUUGCUAUAAAAAAAAAAAAGAGAAAGAA